AUGGAUACUCUCUACACGUAUAGAUUAUUACCACCCACAUAUACCAACACGAAGGACCCUGAAUACAGUUAUAGACUAGUGAAGCUGGAACUUGUAGACUGCUGGCAAACUCCAGACCUGAACAUCAUCAUCAAACAAGAAGAGGAGGAGGAAGAGGAUAGCUUUCUACAAGUUAAAGAAGAGGAGGAGGAAGAGGAUAUCUCUCUACAUGUUAAAGAAGAGGAGGAGGAAGAGGAUAUCUCUGUACAUGUUAAAGAAGAGGAGGAGGAAGAGGAUAUCUCUGUACAAGUUAAAGAAGAAGAUCAUGCGUUCAUGGUCAAAGUAGAGGAGGAAGAGAAGGACAAAGCUCUUGUAGUUGAAGAAGAAGGGGAGGGUGGUUUUGCAGUCAAAGAAGAAGAAGAGGAAGAAGCUAUAGGGGUUUUUAUUUUUUCUGACGGAAACUGCAACCAGUGGCCUGUCAGUGGGAAGAGUCCCUCCGUAUCAGAAGAACCUCAAAACAAACCAAAACAAAAACACACACGACCAAAGAAACAACAAAAACAGACCCAGGAACGCCACCACUCCCCUCUGUACUGCCACGACUGUGGGAUGAGUUUUGUCAGCCCUGGGAUACUGAACGCGCACCGCAGAAUCCACCAGCCCAGAAUAAUCCACACCACCACCACCACCACCACCACCGGUGAGCCGUCUCACUACUGCCACGACUGCGGCAAGACCUUCGACACCGCCCGCUACCUCAACAAGCACCGCUUGGUUCACACAGCAGAGAGGACGCACCACUGCUCUCAGUGUGACCGGAGCUUCCUGAGACUCCAGCACCUCAAAGAACACCAGAGAACCCACAGCGGAGAGAAGCCUCACUACUGCUCCGUGUGUGGGAAGGGCUUCACCAAGGUCCGACUGCUCCGGACACACCAACGGCUACACGCCGUGGAGGGGGCUGACGUCGUCGGGGACGGGACGGACGCGGGACGAAGGAGGGUAGUGGGUGGUGAUGUCAGCGAUGGGGCGGAAGAGAGCUCUGAGAGUUCUGGCCGAGUGGACUACUACUACUGCUCUGAGUGUGGGAAGAGCUUCUCCAAAUCCACCAGCCAGAAUAAUCCACACCACCACCACCACCACCACCACCCGGUGAGCCGUCUCACUUACUGCCACGACUGCGGCAAGACCUUCGACACCGCCCGCUACCUCAACAAGCACCGCUUGGUUCACACAGCAGAGAGACGCACCACUGCUCUCAGUGUGACCGGAGCUUCCUGA